AUGAAAUCGUGCUUUGUCUUAAUACCUCAAUUUGGUCAAAUUCAUUGUAUAUUCACAGACCUCAAUUCCUCUCAGUCGUCUCAAAUUCCAACCAAUAAUUGUCGUGUUGUUCUCUGGAACUCUUCCAUUAGAAAACUAAAGAAACUACCCUCUUUAGAAAUUCCACAACGUCGUGGAAGACUAACAUAUGCAUUUGGUUGCGAUCCUCUCAUUAAUAGUUACAAGCUUGUUUCUGUUUUUUGCUAUGAUUUUGAAUCUCUUAGUAUUGAUAUGAAAGGUUGCAAAAGUCAGGUUAAAAUUCACACUUUGGGCACACAUUCAUGGAGAAGGAUUCAGGACUUUCCCCCUUGUAUGGUCCCCUGUGGUGAACCGGGAAUAACCAUUAGUCGCACUGUUAAUUGGUUUGCAUAUUCUGACGCGAUUCUUAGUUCCUCGCAAGCCAUUGUUUCUCUUGAUUUGGAGACAGAGUCUUAUAGACAGAUUUCACAGUCGGAUUAUGGAAUGCAAGUUAACUUGACUCUCGGUAUCAUGCGGGAUUGCUUAUGCGUAUUUUCUCAUUCUCACUCAUUUAAUGAUGUUUGGCUUUUGCAGAAAUGUGGAAAUAAAGAGUCUUGGAUUAAAUUGAUCCGUAUUCCUUACUUUGGUGAUCAUGAUUACUUUAUACACCAUCCGAAGAUAGUAUAUAUUUUGGAGGAUGAUAAUCAUGUGCUGCUCUAUUUUAAGGAGUUUUCUAAAUUGAAGUGGGUUGUUUACGACUUCAAAAAUGAACCCGUAGAAAGUAUCAAGAUUCAAGACAUGAGUUUGAUAGAUUCAGAAGUCUACAUUGAGAGUUUGAUAUUACUUGGAUUUUAA